AUGGCUAGCAGCAGAAAGCUGAAAUAUGCAAGUGAGGUGUCAAAUCCCAAUAAAUCACCAAUCAAUAAUGAUGUAACACAAAACAUGAAAAAUCCAGUAGUCAAUCAUCGACUUACGAUUCUUGAGGAACUUAUAAAUAAUCAGAUAAAUAAAGAAAAUGUUCAAAUCAAACAACUACAAGAUAAGAUUGAAAUACUGGAAGAAGAACUCCAACAACAUAAAAUUCAAAUCAAACAUUUAGAGGAUCAAGUAAUGAAUGAUGCAAGUACAACAUCAAAAUCAGUAACUAGCAAGAACGUAGUACAACCGACUACUUCAAGUGAAGAAUUUCAUAGUAUCAUAAAAGACCAAGAUAUAAUAAAGUCCACAGAAAACAAAGAAAAAAAACGCUCGAUUCAAUCUGGAAACUUUCUGUUUACUAGUUGGAUGGAUUCGCGAGAAGAUAAUUUUUCUUUAUGGACAAGUGCUAAAGACUCACUGCGAGAAUGGCAAUUUCAAACUCGAUCUGAUCAUCGUUUAGCUGAAAUCAAGGCUAUGUUUGAAUUCGAUCGUACUUGUCCAUCAUCAUUUGGUAGUUUGAAGAUAUUAUCACCAUCUGAUUUAAAAGAGAUUAUUAGUCGUGCAUCUAUUAAUGCCUAUUUUGAUAUGAUUUGUCGUGAUGAUUCGACUACAGUUGAGAUUGGCGAAUAUUUAAAUUUAAGUAAAGAAAAUAUUUUUGGUGGAACUGAUUAUGAUAGUCACAAUGAUAAAGUAACAUUCGUAGAUGUUAACUUAAAUCAAUCGACCAUCGAUCUUGCUGAUAAUCGUGUUGAUCUCAUAACAUGUUUUGUUACUCUUCAUCAUGUUCCUCAGUUGAAAUUAAUACUUUCUGAGUUUGUUCGUAUUUUACGACCAAGUGGUUAUCUUAUUAUACGUGAACAUAAUUGCGAAAACAAACGUUCACUUACAGCCAAAUAUCUUAAUUUUGUUCAUGCCUUUAUGAUGAUUGCACAUGUUGGUGAAUUUGCUGAUGAUCAAAGAAAUCAUUUGAAUCAAAAUGAAGUUCAAUCUGAUGAUGAUUCUGUAAGUCAUACAAUUGACUGGAAACAAAAAAAAUUAAACAUUAUUAAAUAUACGAAAUCAAUUCAAUAUCGAACACGUACUGAAUGGCAACAGGAAAUAGAGAAUGUUGGUUUUCAUCUCAAAGCUACACUUGAGUAUGAUCAAAGUACAUUGAAGAAUCCUCAAGAGUUAUUUUAUGCUGUUUUUCAACUAAAUGUCAAAUGA